CUUUACACAGACGACUUCUGACAGGUUCGAGUCUUUCGGGGGUCGAUUUGGAGCAGAAAACUUAACGUUACGAGUUUAUUUCAAGUCGCGCUGGACCGCGGCUGGGACAGAGAGGAAGAUAAGAAGCAUCUAGACGCCAUGAUGAGGAGACUGUUGCUUCUUGUGCUGGCUGUGGCCGUGCAAGGCGACGUCUACAUGCACAACCCGAGGGGAAGCAACAACAGGCUAGAUGAAGCCAGGAGAGACAGAAACAAUGCCAACAGAUUAUUUGACUCCCAGAACAACGACAGAGGAGGCUACAAUGUGGGCAGUCUGUACUACUAUGAAGGGUCCCACCUCAGCAUUGAAUGGACAAACCAGCACUCGUGUGACAACCCCAACAACCACUGUGAGCUGGUGAUACAGUACAUGUGUGGGGACCUGGUCAGGGAUGGAACCACUGUCACGACCAUCCCAGUGAACCCCAUGCAGUGCCAGAACUACGACUGUAACCGUGACAAGCGGUACGGCAUGCACGAGACAUACGACUACCACAUCAAGUGUCGGCUCAGGCAGCGCAACAUGGGGCUCUUCACUGCUGAUCAGAACCUGAAGGGUCAGACGGCGCAGUACACACGACAGAACGCCAACGGGAACCGGCGCGGGUACGAGUGCCCAGAGGAGAGGGACCACUACCCCUACUGGCACCCCACGCCGUGGAAGGAUAUUGCCGUGCUGACGAACAACCCCCGGCGCUGCCCGUACUACCAGCGCGAGAGCGAGAAUGUCAAAGGUCGUUACGAGUGCGUGGUUCCGCAGGAGUACAUCAUGGAGAACCUGCAGGCCAACACUAGGAGGAGGGCCAUCAUCCCCAACAACAAGCAAGACUGUGAGGACUUCCGCUACCCUACAAACGACCGUAACGGUACCCGCGGGAUCUGGCAGGAGAUGCACGCGCACGGGCUGCCGGCACCGGAGUGUCGCGAGACGGAGUGGACCCGAGACAAUCACCUAGGCAACACCCUGGGGGGUUACCCCGCCCUGUACAACUGGACCAUCCCAGGCCUGGACCACGAGAAGUGUGUUCUCAGGAUCAGGUACAACAUCUCGACAGGUGAUUUCGAGGGCUGGGACCCGUCAGUCAACUCCACCAACAACAAGGACGAGGAAGGAGUGGACGUGGGGAGCAAGUUUGGGCUGUCCCCGCAGGAAGCAGAGGAUCGAGGAUACGUCUACAAGCAGAACCCGCAGGUGAAGGUGUUUGGAGAGUUUGCCAGCGAGGGAACGCCGGAGAAGGACUUCGAGCUGCAGCUGGCGGUCAACACCAACCAGUACGGCAGGGUGUUUCAGGACAGGUCUCACACCUUUGCUGUGCGGAAGCGUCCCAAGGAGUUGUCGGGGGCGACCAUCCACAACGUGAACGUACGCGGGAAGCGUGGGAACAUCGUGCAGGUGUACCCCGCCGUGGAGUACGACUUUGUGCCCAACACGCUGGAGGUCUCCAAGGGGGACUACGUGCACUACCAAUGGACCGGCUCGAACACAAACCCAGAAAACAACGACGGCCAGGGAAAGGCAGGGACGGACCGUUCCAACGUGGUGUUGCAGGGGGCGCAGGUCUACCCCGAGGGGAAGGGAACAGGCUACGGCUCUAAGCCUGUGAAGGGGCAGUGGGGCAGGAGUUACCCCAUGCACCUGAGUAACGCCACCUUCCUGGGCUUCAGUAAGGACCUUAUGAGGAACCUGGCCAUCUUAGACAACCACCAGUUUGGUGGGGAGAUGUCGGAGUUAGAUGACGCGGGAACGUACUUCGACCUUGGCCCUCGGAAGGUGACCCAGUCUGGCGUGUUCCACUACAUGUCGACACGGAACAACAACUUCUCCAACCGCAGCCAGAAGGGGCGGGUCAUCGUGGUGGACCAACCGGUCAAGACGGAGAGCGUGGGGUGGAACGGGGGAAACAUCACCUUUAAUCAAGAUGCUGCAGUAGUGACUGUCCCCCGUGGCACACUGUCAGGACUACAGAAGAUGCGACUGGAAGAGUGGGAACCAGAGGCUGGGGAGGACCUACUGGAGUCUCGCCAGGCCAGCAUCAACGUGGGGUCAGAUUACGCCUCCAACUACAUCCUCAUCUCACCUACAGACAAGAUCACUCAGGGUGACAAGACCUUCAAGGUAAACAUGAAGGUUAACAGUGGAGUGAGUAACGUGGCGAUCUACCACGCCAACCCCGACAGCUUCACCAGCUGGAGCAAGCUCAAUGCCGAAAUCAGCGGGGGAGUCGCCUCCUUCCAGGUUGACCGCGGCGGCCUGUUCGUGGCGCGUACGGAGACCAGCGUUGGUCUGGUGGUAGGCAUGGUCAUGCUGGUCGUUAUUCUAGUCGUGAUCAUCGUCGGAAGCGUCGUCUACUUCCGCAAACACCCGGACAGGUGGGACCAGGUGAAGAAGUCUGCCGCUGUGGCGAGAUACUCCACACAGAACAAGGUCUAAUGUGCACAUGGUUAUUCAUCUGUAAACUAUUAGACUAUGUUUUAACAUAUUUUCUUUGCUAAAGUAUCCAAAGUUAAGACCCCACAAUACUAUAUACUUAAGACAAUGUUCUAGUUGGAAGACCUCUUGACUGCAUCUGAGCUCUUAACUUUAGAUAUUUCAGCAAUGAAAGGCAUUACAAACAGAUCCUGACCAGUAUAUAAUAGAUCUUGGAUAACCACAUUAGACCUUGUCAUGCUGGUCGUUAUUCUGGUGGUGAUCAUCAUUGGCAGUGUGGUCUACUUCUGCAAACACCCUGACAAGUGGGACCAAGUGAAGAAGUCAGCGGCUGUGGCGAGAUACUCCACUCAGAACAAGGUCUAAUGUACAUGUGGUUAUCCAUCUAUACACUGGAUCUGUUUGUGAUGCUUUUCUUUGCUAGAAUAUCCAAAAUUAAGGAAUCAAAAUGCAGUCAUGAGGUAUUCCAGCUAGAACAAGUUCUAAUGGAAUACUGUGGUUAGGUGUCAACAAGGUUUAGAAGUCAGCGGCUGUGGCGAGAUACUCCAUGCAGAACAAGGUCUAAUGUGCACAUGGUUAUUCAUCUGUAAACUAUUAGACUAUGUUUUAACAUAUUUUCUUUGCUAAAGUAUCCAAAGUUAAGACCCCCCAAUACGAUAUAUUAGACAAUGCUCUAGCUGGAAGACCUCUGGACUGCAUCUGAGCUCUGAACUUUAGAUAUUUCAGCAAUGAAAGGCAUUACAGACAGAUCCAGUAUAUAAUAGAUCUUGGAUAACCACAUUAGACCUUGUCAUGCUGGUGGUCAGGGUUCUAUAUACCUGUAUAUAAGCCAGGAUUUCAUUUUAGCGUAGUGGGAAUGGCAUGGUAGCGAAGCGACCAAUCAGGAGAUUGAUGAGAUUUUGACAAUGUCGAGUUACAAGUUGGCACUCUGUUAACAUCACAUGUAAUUUGAAGGAUUUUUGGUCAGUUU